AAAGGAAGUGGACAAAAAAAAGUUGUGUAUACUCGCUGAUAGAGGAAAAAAAAGAAAGCCAUCAUGAAAGAGAGAUAGGUCGUGCUUUGUUGUGAUAAAACACAAGCAACGGCUGCUGUGCAAAAACAAAAAGCAGCGAACGCCAUUUCUGCAUCGUUUUUUCUUCUUCUUCUUCUUCUUCUUCUAAUGCUGCUUUGAGCGCGAGACGAGCAGUUAUGGAUGAGACUUUCGACCGAGCUCCCGGAGCGGGGAGAACCAGAAAUGUCCUCGCGGACCCCGGGCUCACUGGGGAAGGCGGGGACACCAAAGCCGCGCUUUUCAACCAAAGGGAACCGUUGAGGCAGCCGAAGACCUCCCCGCCUUUCGCCGAGAACAACAUCAGCGCCGCCGACUCCUUCGCUGGUGGAGAUUUUAAAAAACAGAGCAAACCCCAACAAAGUGCACAUGCCAACAGUACGCCCGCCCCCCGAGGUUUUAACGAAGUGGAUUCCGUGGUCAAGUCGUCGAAGCUUUCGGCCAGUGCUCCGGAGUUUGUCCCCUCCACAGUGAACUCGUACGAAGACCCCUCUUUUUAUGACGACAACGAAGGCUAUUACGAUGAACCGACCUUGGCUGAAACGGUCGCAGACUUCCUCGCCCACCUAAGCUCCUCCCCCGGGACCUUUGAGUCGGAUGUGGAAGACAUAACUGGCAUGCUCAACUCCUGGGUCACCACUGAAGAACUGUUGAAUGAGCUGGUGGAACUGAUCUACACACAGUCUACUGCCAUUCCUAACUUCGCUUACACUGGUGCCAGGCUGUGUAACUACCUGUCCCAUCAUCUCCAUGUCAGCCCGCCGGGUGACAACUUUCGUCAGCUGCUCCUGAAAAGAUGUCAAACACAGUUCGAACAGAGGGACGCAGCAGUUGGAGGAGACGCGGAGACUCAGAAGAAGUUCCACUCCUUCGCGCUCUUUCUCGGGGAGCUCUACCUUAACCUGGAGGUAAAGAGCGCGAAAGGCCCUCCAAACCGAGCCGCCAUCCUCCUCGGUGCUCUGAAAGACCUGAUGAACAGUCUGUUCUCCAAGCCCGUGGACGCAAAUCUCAUCUGCGCCGUCAAACUGCUGAAGCUGACGGGCUCUAUCCUGGACGACGCGUGGAAAGAGAGCGGAAAGCCGCACAUGGAGGAACUGAUCCGAAGAAUAGAAACUAUUCUCCUGGACGCCACCUGCAGCCGAGAUGUCCGACAGAUGCUUCUGAAGCUGGUGGAGUUGAGAUCGAGCGACUGGGGCCGAGUCCGCGCCGCUUCAGCGGCCAGCAACGCCACGCCAGACAACGACCCCAACUACUUCAUGAAUGAGCCCACGUUCUACACAGAAGACGGGACUCCUUUCACAGCAGCAGACCCCGAUUAUGCUGAGAAAUACCAGGAGAUCCUGGACCGGCAGGAUUAUUUCCACGAUCGGGAUGGAGAAAAUGGAAACGAAGAUGACAUAUACGACUCCGAAGACGAGAUGGAGCCCGAGAUGGAAGAAGCCUUUGAGACUUUUUGUUUAGAAACUGAGAGGAAAUGGCAGCAAUGACGCGGCGAGUGAGACUCUGCAAGAGCCGACGGGCGCAUACUGUACCCCGCCCCCACACAACUUGCUGGAAUGUUGAAAAAACGCAAAGGAAAGUAGCAUCCGAUAGGUUCAAGCUUUCAUUUUACUGCAAGCAAAAGCGUUUUUAAACGGUAAGAGAUGUUUAUAGUUGCACUUCUGAGGCGGUUUUCUCAGUCGGCGUCCACUUAGCGGACGGGGACAAUCAACGGGGUUGAAUUGUUCAAAUAUUCAAGAUAUUAAGAUGUUUUCUUUUUUUGGGACAUGACUGUUCUCUUUGUUUUAAAAAAACGUAAUUCCUUUACGCCUAAACUAAAAUGCCAGGAGAGAAAUAGUGUGCUGUGAUUUUUUUUCCCCUCUUUUUUUCUGAAAGGCAGAUUCAUCAUAUGUGUGCAUAAUUUGUGAAAUACUAAUUAUUGCCCGAUGCAUAGAGUACAGGCCCCGACUCAUCGUCAGACAUGCAUCGUCUUCAUGUGAAACGCACUGGAGAGGGGCGGUUGCUUUACGCCAUACAUACAGCCUUCAUCCUCAGGUCAUAGUGUCUUGUCAGAUUUCCAAUAUUUCACAUAUUGCAGGCUAUUCGCUUGUUAACCCGGCUGCGGUUCUUUUAAGUGUUCAGCAACUCUGCGAGAAGCUGCACGGUUUGGAAAAUUAUUUCAAAAUAUAUACUUGGAUUUAGUCAGAAACUGGGAAGUGAAUAUGAACAAAACCUUUCGUUAAAAAAAAAUAUACAAACACCUUUUAUGGGGCUUAAGUCAACAAUUUCAAAAGUAUUCAAUAAAAUGUCCACAAUCCCGAGAGUCGGCGCGGUCAUUGAGGCGUGACGGAGUCAGUCGUCUCGAGACUGAAGGACUGUUCACCAGCAAUCCGUGAAGCCACUACAAAGGGAUGUUGUUACAUAGUUUGUACAUAUUAUUUAUGGUAUUGUUUGCCUGCAAUAAAUUCUUUAUAAUGUGA